AUGGCUAUUCUCAAAGCUGAGUACGGAAUCUGCGACGCCCUGUCAAUGAAAGUCGAAGCGACUCUCCUCGACAUCUGCGCCACAAAGCUACUUACGGGCCAGAAUCCCGGACCUUUGUUCAUCUCAAUAACUAUAGUUCUCUCAAUGCUAAAACUGGGAACGGGUGCAGAAACCCCUGCAACGCCUCUCGCGCAGCCUACCAUUUACGCAUCGUGCAUUAGCUUGCCUCACUCUUCAAUGUCCUCUACCGUGAAGCCGUCUCCUGCCGCAUUUCUCCUUCGUGAUAACAAUUCCUGCAUAUAA